UAGCAGUGAUGCGGCGGGUCUGUAAUGAGGAUCCGCUCAGUCAGUAAAGCGCAGGUCAAACAGCAGCAACACACUCACACACACUUAAACACACACACACACACUUCAUCACAUUCACCCUACAACACUGAGACAUGGACUCGGACGAGGGCUAUAACUAUGAGUUUGAUGAUGAAGAGGAGGAGGAGGAAGAGGAGGAGGAGUGCAGCGAGGACAGCGGGGAAGAGGAGGCCGAGGAUGAGGACCUGGGCGAGGUGGAGCUGCUGGACCCCGCCGUGGCCGGAGGAGAGCCCGACGACUGCGUUGACACUGGCGGCGGCGGCCUGGGGCCCGGCCAUGAUGAUGAGGACUACCGCUUCGAGGUGCUGACCACCGAGCAGAUCCUCCAGCACAUGGUGGAGUGCAUCAGGGAGGUCAACGAGGUCAUACAGAACCCAGCUACGAUAACUAGAAUACUCCUCAGUCACUUCAACUGGGACAAAGAGAAGCUCAUGGAGAGGUACUUUGAUGGAAAUCUGGACAAGUUGUUUUCAGAGUGCCACGUCAUAAACCCCAGUAAAAAGCCCAAACCGCGACCAAUGAGCACACGCUCCUCCAGUCAGGAUAUGCCCUGCCAGAUCUGCUAUCUCAACUUUCCGAACUCGUAUUUCACAGGUCUUGAAUGUGGACACAAGUUCUGCACGCAGUGCUGGGGCGACUACUUAACCUCCAAAAUCAUUGAGGAAGGCAUGGGACAGACCAUCUCAUGUCCUGCUCACAACUGUGAUAUUUUGGUUGACGAUAACACUGUAAUGCGACUGAUCACAGAUUCUAAAGUGAAGUUGAAGUAUCAGCAUUUAAUCACAAAUAGUUUUGUAGAGUGUAACAGACUGUUGAGAUGGUGUCCAGCUCCUGACUGCCACCAUGUGAUCAAAGUUCAGUAUCCUGAUGCCAAACCAGUUCGCUGUAAAUGCGGGAGACAGUUCUGUUUCAAUUGUGGAGAGAACUGGCAUGACCCUGUUAAAUGCAAGUGGUUGAGGAAGUGGAUAAAGAAGUGUGAUGAUGACAGUGAAACAUCCAACUGGAUUGCAGCAAAUACCAAGGAAUGUCCCAAGUGUCAUGUGACCAUUGAAAAAGAUGGUGGCUGUAAUCACAUGGUGUGUCGAAACCAGAGUUGUAAAGCAGAGUUCUGCUGGGUUUGUCUCGGCCCUUGGGAACCUCACGGCUCUGCUUGGUACAACUGCAAUCGCUACAAUGAAGAUGAUGCCAAGGCAGCCAGAGAUGCUCAAGAGAGUUCCCGUGCAGCCCUGCAGCGCUACCUCUUCUACUGCAACCGCUACAUGAACCACAUGCAGAGUCUGCGCUUCGAGCACAAGUUGUAUGCGCAGGUGAAGCAGAAGAUGGAGGAGAUGCAGCAGCACAACAUGUCGUGGAUCGAGGUGCAGUUCCUGAAGAAGGCCGUGGAUGUGCUGUGCCAGUGUCGCUCCACGCUAAUGUUCACCUACGUCUUCGCCUUCUACCUCAAAAAGAACAACCAGUCCAUCAUCUUCGAGAACAAUCAGGCUGAUUUGGAGAACGCUACAGAGGUGCUCUCGGGUUAUCUAGAGCGAGAUAUCUCCCAGGAUUCUUUGCAAGAUAUCAAACAGAAAGUUCAGGAUAAGUAUAGGUGA